CUGAUGCGAUUUUUAAGAGCCAUUUUAGGCAGUAUUGGAAGUACUGCACCACUCAUAGCAUCAACAGCCAAGAUUUCCAAGCUUCUUUCGCCACCAAUAUUACGUAAUUUGAAAAGGACGCUGUCAAAGCAGGAAAAGCAAGAAAUUCGCUUAAGGCUAGAAGCGAGAGAAGCUGCUCGUAAGUUGAAAAGCUAUGCAAAUCGAGCCAAGAUGCUUUCCAUUUCAAUGCGUUAUCCCGGUCGUUACGUGAAGGAAUCUGAAAAUCACCUCCCUUCUCAAGCUGCGACUAAUAUCAUUAUCGAUAGUCGAGUUAAAACACAUUUUUAUACAAUAGUUGAAGCGCUCGAUUUAUUGAGGCAACUGCAGCAACCUUCCAUUUACAACAAUAAGAAUGCACGUUUGCGUUUGCGUAUAGAGUUGAACAUGGAAACGGAACGAGCGACUAAACCAGUUAAAGAUUCUUCCGAAUUGGUGCCUGUUCCAUAUAAGUUUGAGAUGAAUGAAAAACGUGCAAUAUUAGCAUUUGUAAAAAAUGUGGCUUUGCAAGAAUAUGCUGUCGAGCAUGGUGCUGAAAUGGCUUUUGGUCCAGAUAUCAUUAAAAAAAUUAUAAAGGGUCAAUUUCGUGUUGAUGAUUACGAUUUUUGUGUGGCGCAUACUGAUAUGGCUGUUCAUAUUUUACCCUUGCGAGGCAUUUUAAAAUCUCGGUUCCCGACAAAAAUUAAUGGUGGUCUGGGAGAAGAUUUAGGGCCGAUAAUUGAGAUGUUCAAAAAUGGUGUGAAGUUGGAUAUUAUAACGGACACAGUAUAUCCAAAAUGGGGUAUUGUUGAUACCGUAAUUGGAAGGCUUCAAAUGCUCAAUGAAGAAAUUGAAGCCAAUAUCAAGGCUGUUGUCAAAGCUACUUGCAAACAUCGAAAUCCGGCCCUCGGCCUAUUCAUUAACAGAGCAGUUCUUAUGGCGACUCCUGGCGAUGCUUAUUUCUCUAUUAAUAUUGACCAUUUUUGCCCUGUACCUACAGCUGAGGAUAUUGCUGUUAUUGAGAAACGGAAAAAUAAGAAAACGAAAAGAAGCCAGAGCGAAGUUGUCCAAAAUGAUACUUCUACUUCUCAGUCUAAAACCAGCGACAUCGAGAUGAUGCGAACUGAAGUUGAAUUAGCUGGAUAA